AUGUUUAUUUUUAUUUUCUUAAUCAUUAAUGUUUAAUCUUAUAGAGUCAGAUAAAUUCAAAAUGAAUCACUUGAAUUUUAGAUUCCAACUGAAGAAGAGACAUCAAUACUUUCUCUUUUUUAAGCUAAAGACUCACAACUAAUAACAAAUGAAACAUUACCAUUUUGUUAUUUGAAAGAAGUCAACCUAAUUUUUGAAACAAAAAGAUAACAUUUUGAGAAUAUAGUAACUAUGGUACAUAUANUAUUACAGAUCCAUAAAUCAUGCUGAUAUUGGAUACACUUAAUUAUGUGUUAAAGAUUUUACUAUAUUUCAAACAACUUUAUACAUUUUAGAUUGUUCUGUGGGUUUAAUUAUUGCUAAAAUGAAUAUUCAUGAAAAUGUAAUCGAUUUUAAAGUAAGAAAAAUUGAUGUUCAAGAAGGUGGUAUUGCAGUUGAUACAAAAAAUGGAAUCAAUAUCUUUGUUGGUUAUAAAUGGAAAUUAAGAUAUGCGAUUGUAGAAUAUGUUGUAGAUGAUACAGAAUGGAGAAUACAAAACUUAAUUUAUACUAAUAAAAUAAAAGAUGUAGAUGUUAAUAAUGAAUAUGCAAUUAUUUAAGGUAAGAGUAGACAUAUGGUGGCAUUUAAUUUUGGUACAUCUUUAUCAAAUAAUAUCAUAAAAUAUAAUGUAAGAGAUUUUUAAUUAAGAAAUAAUGAAUUAAUAGGUAUCACAGCUACUCAACUCUUUCAUAGUCAAUUAUAAUUGAUACCAUUAACAAUAGAAUGUUAAAUUUAUUAAGAUAAUCCUGUACCUUAUUCUUUAGUCUACAAUGUUUCUUAUAAUGGUACAACAAUAGAAAGACAUCAUCUAAAUUUUUAAGUGAGUUCGAUUUCAACUUAUUUAUAUGAACAUUAAUCUUAUUAAAUAAUUAUUUUGAUAACCAUAUUGCUUUGUAUAUUUACAUUGAUAAGUAUAUAUUCAUAAUAAUUUUAAUUUUAGUAAUUAUGAUUUUAAAAUGGUAUCAUAAUUUAAGAAAAGAAGAAGUAAAAAUUGCAAAGGGUAUUAAAGGAAAUAGUCUAUCAAUACCAACUAGUGGAAGAACAAAUACACAACAAAGUUCUAGACCAUUUUCACCUAAAAAUUAACAUUUUAUUAUCAAUAAUAUCUAAUAUUAAUGA